GGUGGAAGGGGCUACAGCACUCCCCACCCCUCAAAGCUAAUAGUUUCCUCGCUUGACGACUCCCUCGGAUGGUUUGUUAGAGGGACUGCCUUUUCCUGGACGAAAGGUGCUCAGCGGUCAAUGGCAGUGCAAUCUCUUCCCCUGACCCCUGAACCUGGGGAAGCAGUGGGUCCAGGGACAGGAUGGAUUUGACAGAACCCAUCUCCAGAGAAGGAGACAGAUUGGGUUUCCCACUGAGUUUCACAUAGACAUCAAAGCUUCUCCCCCUCCAGAUGGGAGGAGAGCAUAGUGACCAGCCAUACCUCCCCAGGCUGGCCAAUCACCUCCUCAUCUCUCUGGGAGGGGGCACCAGCUAGCUCUUUUUAGCCAAUGAGAAAGGAAUCCUCUCCCCCAAGCCUCCACGAGUCCUGCUGAGGGGGGCGGGGAGGAGAGGUUUAAAAUCCCAGAAGUAUCUCCAUCCCCUCCCCAGUGAGUCCCAAUGACAAGCAGGUCUGGGCCUGAUGCUAGGUGCUAGGCUCCAGGGCUUUGCUGUGGGAUUCCCAGAGGGAGGCAGAGAGGAAGCCAGACACCAUGAGCUCGGUCCCCAGCCACCAGUGGCUGGACCAUGUCUUCAGCGCGGUGGAGAGUGAGUUGGAAAUGGGCCCUGAGAAAGAGGAUGUCUCGGAGAGGGAGAUCAAGGUGGUGCUGGAGGAGAAAGAGCUGUGGAUGAACUUUAAGGAGCUCACCAAUGAGAUGAUAGUCACCAAAACUGGCCGGAGAAUGUUCCCAGUGCUGAAGGUCGGCAUCUCGGGCCUGGACCCCAAUUCCAUGUACUCUAUCCUCCUGGACUUUGUGGCUGCAGAUGGGAACCGCUGGAAGUAUGUCAACGGGGAGUGGAUUCCUAGCGGCAAGCCUGAGCCCCAGAGCCCGAGCUGCGUCUACAUCCAUCCCAAAUCCCCCAAUUUUGGGGCUCACUGGAUGAAAGCCACCGUCACCUUCAGCAAAGUCAAACUCUCCAACAAGAUGAAUGGAGGGGGGCAGAUCAUGCUGAACUCCCUCCACAAGUACGAGCCCCGCGUCCACAUCGUGAAGGUCGGGGGGCCUCAGAAAGCAAUCAGCAGCUUUGCUUUCCCGGAGACCCAGUUUAUUGCCGUCACUGCCUAUCAGAACGAGGAGAUCACUGCCUUGAAAAUUAAACAUAAUCCCUUUGCAAAAGCCUUCCUGGAUGCCAAGGAGAGGUGCGAGUCCAAAGACAUUCUGGACCCCAGCAACGAAGCUCAUCAGUCUGGCUAUUCACAGCUUGGGGGUUGGUUUCUGCCAGGCACCAGCUCUUUCUGUUCCUCUCCUGCCCAGUCUGCGUUCUCAGGCAGUCCUGGCCUCUCGUCUGGCCACAGCUCAUACUGCGAGACACACUCCAGCCUGCGGAACCAGAGGGCCUCCCCUUAUCCGAGCCCAUACAGCCAGAUCAACGCCUCACUGACUAAUUAUGUAGAUAACUCCACUGGCCUCUCCAUGGUACCUGCCCCUGACAGCUGGCCUGGCCGGAGUCUCUCCAGCUCUAUGGGGGUUCUACCCGGCACUGCCUCUACCACAAGCUGAAUGACUUUGAGCAUGGAGGAGUGUAUCAGAAUAAGGACACCAAGGAGAGGAAAGACCAGCUGCACUACUGGAAGUGAGUGAGAUAAGCCAUGAUGGUAACUCUCUUUUCACCUUACAGUCAAUAUCCCAGCCUGUGGUCUGUCACCAGCAACUCUAUCAGUCCUGCUCCUCAGUCCAGCUCCAACCCCCAGUUCCUGAGAGGAUCUUCGGUCUCUUAUAGCAGCUUGGCCUCCGCUAUAUCAGCCCCCUCCACAUCCCCAGUCUAUGACAAUGCUCUGGCAGAGGUGCCCUCGAGUGAUGGUCAGUGUGACUCCGCUAUUCCCCAUCUGGCAUCCACAUGGGCAACAGUCACUCAGACUUACUGACACUGAGAAGCUGCCCUCUUCCAUCUUCAAAAACAACUGGAAAGAAGCUGGCAGAGGGCAAAGAAAGGGGCAGCUGAACAAUGGCGUGAACCUCUCUACUCACAGCACAUAGCUGAUUGCAUAGUCCUACAAGAUGAGAACAUGUCUCAGAACCUCCACUGUUUAAAGGCUGUGGCAUAAUACGGAAGACAGACUCUUAUAGAGCAACCAGAGGAUGAUACAGGUGGUAAUCUGUGCUCAGCAGCACUAGGGCAUAUCUCCAAGGAGAGAUUUAGCUUUCCAAACUAUGGGGGUAAAGCUAAGAAGAAAGAUGCAGCCUGUCCGACUCUCAGCAUGGUGAAGCAAAUGAAUGCUGUCUUGUAGAGCGCAUGUCCCAGCAUAACAACGUCCAGCCAGUCAGCAUGUUAUCACUUGCACAUAGGAGACUCAAAUAAAGGAAAUAAGAUCUUCAAAUGUAUGAGCCAAGAUCUUGAAAAGCUGUGUAUUAUUUAUAGAACUUCACUUGUAAAUAAACGUUUCUGAAAACUAA